CGAGGUAGGCAGUGAGCCAGCAGCCAGCCACUUCUCCCCCUCCGCUUACCCGAGCUGAGGCUUUGACCCCCAACAACCUCUCCCUCCCUCGUGCGCCUCUACUAAACCAAGGAGUCGGCAAGGAGAGGCGCGAGGUAGGCAGCAGGGGAGAUCUGACUGACCAGGCAGGGAUGAUGGAGAGCCAGCCGCUGCAGGCCCCGACGGCCGAGUCCCACGGCGCCGGAGCCGCGGACGACCAGGCCGGAGCCGGAGCUCCCCCCGCCGUCGUUCCCGGGAAGGAGUUCACGCGGACCUGCAAGGGCCUCGUCGUCGUGCUCAUCGGCGGCUACGUGCUGCUCCAGCUCCUCCCGUCCUCCCUCAACUACCUCGCCAUCAUCCCCGCCAAGACAAUUCCCUUUGUAUGGACCGUCUUCACAGCCGGUUACAUUGAGCAAGUCCUCCCAGGGGCUAUUGGCAGUUCCCUUGGUCUUCUCUUCUGCGGGAAGGAUAUCGAACCAGUCUGGGGCCGCAAGGAGUUCUUGAAGUUCAUUAUCUUGGUCAACUCCAUCUGCGGCAUCCUUGCGUUCUGCAUUGCUGUCGCCCUGUACUAUGUCACCGGGAAAGAGAGCUUCCUUGUAACGCCACUUUCUGGCUUCCAUGGCGCCCUUGCUGGCUUUCUGGUUGGCCUGAAGCAACUCUUGCCAAACCUCGAGCUCCCCAUGUGCUUUUUCUGGAAAAUAAAGGCUAAGUGGAUGCCAUUCUUUGUCAUGUGCUUCUCAACUAUCAUGGCCUUCAUUGUGCCGGAUUCCAUCAACUUCCUGCCGACUUUGUUGUCUGGGAUGUACGUCAGCUGGCUUUACCUGAGAUACUUCCAGAAGAACCCGCUGACAGGGCUUAAGGGCGACCCAAGCGAUGACUUCUCCUUCCCCAGCUUGUUCCCAGAUGCCAUGCGGCCAGUCACAGACCCAGUUGCUAAUCUGUUCGACCGGAUGCUGUGCGCGAGGUCCAAGCCUUCGGAAAUUGCCCUCCCAGUUACCGAUCCUACCAAGGCAUCGAGAAGAAGGGAGCGUGGCGAGAGGGUUCUCGAGGAAAGGAUGGCCGCGGAUCAUGCGGCUGACGCCGAAGCCCCAGCUCACUCUGCGGAAGAUUAAGAAUUUUCCCCUGUGCUACGUCGUCGUAGUGGCCACGGUCGCCUGCCUCCGUGCUUUGUAACUCCUCGGAUUUGUGUUCUGGGGAGCAUAUUCAUUUUUACAGUGGACCGAUGAUAUGAUAAUACUUUACUGCCCCUUUUUUUGUUUCCUUGUUUCGAGAAUAUUGGUUGGUUAAAUUGUGUUGUAGUUCCUGAUUACAGUGAGGAAAGAAGAAAAAGGGCGGCGUCCCCUGCCCCCGAUGUUGUAAUGUAGAAAAAGAAUGACUUGUCAGUAACAAUGUGAAGUAUUUUUUCCAA